AUGUUUACAAAGCUCACCAAAUUCAUCGCAAAUCAAAUGGAUCCGAGAAAAGAACUGGACCCUGUCGAGAGCAUUGCAGACCAUGAGCACUUCAGGCCUCUCUGUCUACUGAUACAAAAGAGAAAAUCAAAACGCAUAUUCCACUCAGCUCCCUACUACCAGUGGACAGGGUUCACACUGGAUGAUGUGCUGCUGCCUGGAGAAGAUGGUAAAAGCACAGAGUCCCUCCAUCAAGAUUCCAACCAAUUUACUAUCACAAAAACCAGUGCUGACCAGGUUGAGGGGCAUGCCAGUGCUCCUUUGGGCCCUGUAAAUGCAGAAGUGGAAAUAGGUGCCUCCUCCUUGAAUGUCUUUUCCAUUAAGCUACAAAAGAAGAGGAUCCCACUGCAAUCACUGGAGGCACUGAGAAAAAAAAGACAAAUCAACAUGAAUCAUUCCCUCAUCCAACAACUCCAGAGAACAAACAUCGAUCUGUACAUGGUCACGGAAAUCCUCGAAGCCUCAGAGGAGACUAUCUACACAGCAUCCACCAUGGCAGAAGGGGGCUUUAAUAUCCUAUGUCACAUCAAACUUCUUGUAAAGGGCACCAGAGAGAACAAACAAAGCAUAGUCAUACCCAAGGGCUGCACACUGGCCUUCAGGAUCGUCCCGCUAUACAUUAGAGAUGGAAAAUGGAAUAUGAAGCAUUUUGAAAUUGAAGAAUCUGCCGGAUUUGUUCCCAUGUCAGGGAGAGCAGAAUUAGGACCGGGGCUGGCAGAAGUUGAAAUCCGCUGUCGAAUCUUCUCUGGGUUGUCUCCUGACCUGCUGCUCAUCAUCUUAAACACCAUCAAAGCUGUGAUGACAGAUGAGAACCUCCUUCAAGAGCUCAGCCAGAAAUUGGAAGAAGUUGCUGAGCAAAAUGAUGGUUAUGAGCUGAAAACUGAAAGCCCAGAUUUAAAAGAACUCUUCAGCACCUUGCAGCAAUCCCCAAGACAUCAUCUCCUUCAGCUGGCAGAAGGAAUCACCUACGUCCUGGAUGCUUUGCAGGAGUUAACAGAGGAUCAGCUGCUGCUGCUGCUGGAAUCCUUGGAAAGGAAGAUUGUGUCCCAACAGCUGAACCUGGUUGCAAAUCUCCUGGAACAUGACAAGGUGAAGAGGAAGGGGACUUUUCUGGUGGACGCCAGGCAGCUCUUGCCACACGAGGAAGACCAGAUGUUAACCAUUGCCCUGGUGGAGCUGAGUGGAGUGCAGCUCCAGGAAGAUGGAUCAGUUAUCCCUAGGGAUGAACCCUUUGAGGCCAUGGCAGCCCUGUUAGUGGCCCUGUAUGCCCUCAACCUCCUGAGUGGCUUGCAGAUACACAUGGCCCUGCCCAGGCAUCCCUUACUCGAGAUGUUGGAAGGCUUUGUGUGGCAAAAACAAAAUUAAGGCAAGAAAACUCAAUAUGGUUGCUAAAGGCUGGAUAUCAAAGUGGAUUUGUCUGUCUGUCUCCCCAUGAAUGCAGAAAGACAACAGGAAAAUCCAAAAGCCUAAAGAAUCACAGGCCUGGCACCAGUGCUUCAUGUAAUCCUGCUUCUCUCAAAAUGCUGCUGCUGCUGCUGCAAUCAGUAAAUGGGAAAGGGAAGGGCAAAGGGAAUGGAAAGGAAAAUGCAAAGGAAAAGGGAGGAAAUGAAAAGGAAACAAAAGCCAAAAGGAACAUCAGCAGUGGUUCACUUACUCUGGUCCCUCUGUGUUUCAGCAUGGGAUCCAUGAACUGCUGGUGUCAGGAAGGUGGGGAAAUCCCAGAGGUUUCACUGACACCUCCCUGGUGCCAUCUCCCUGAGAUGCUUGAGGGACACGGGUAGCACUUCAGAGCAAUACUACAAU